AUGCCUGGCACGUGUCACGUGUUCCGCCGGCAGACCUUGCCGCCUCCUCUGGUGCUGCUCUUUGCCGGCCUGCUGCUCCUCGGCGAUGGCAUUGCUGUGCAGGGCCUUCACCGCCACAGCAUCAUGAUGAAAACCUUCCGCUAUCUGCAGGAGACCAUGCUGCGGAACAGCCUGGAGCGGGCCCAUCUCAAUCAUGGCAUUGUCUUUGAAUGCCGCACCAUUUCGGACAGGGACUUUGGCAACGAGGUGCACUUCCUUCUGCAGUUGGGGGAUCUUCGGGGCUUCCGACAGCUGGAUGCCUCCAAGAAGCUGGCCCUCUUCCUGCAUGGCUGGAACGACAAAGGCAGCAAGGACUGGGUGCAGGAGCUGUUGCUGACAUGGACCCUUUUUGAUGCCAGCUACAACGUGUGCGUCGUGGACUGGGGAAAUCUGUCGCAGAACGACUACAAGACCGCUUCUAUGUCCAUCUUCGAUGUGGGCCUCACGGUGGCCGGGAUCAUCAUGGCCCUGGAGGAGCUGCGUCCCAGCCAGUUCCAUCGCAGCAACGUUACCCUGGCCGGCUACAGUCUGGGGGCCCAUGCAGCCGGCUAUGCCGGAGCGGUGCUCGAGGGCCAGGUGGAGCAGAUCAUCGGCCUGGAUCCGGCCGGACCGCUCUUCUCGCUGCCCGCCGAGGUCUCGCCCAAGUACCGGCUGGACCCCAGCGAUGCCAAGUUCGUGCAGGUGCUGCACACCUCCGGCGGCUCCUUGGGGACGAGCCUCAAGUGCGGGCAUGCCGACUUCUAUCCGAACGGUGGCCGGGCACCGCAGACGAACUGCAAGAUGUUCAUGAAUCUCCGCGACAUGCAGAACACAAAUCCCAUUGCCUGCAGCCAUUCAGCGGCUGCCAUCUUUUUCCGACAGUCGAUGGACCCGCAGUACCCCUUCGUGGGCUACGAGUGCGGCAGCUACCGGGAGUUCGCCGCCGGAUAUUGCGACCAGAACCGACGGGCCCGUUUCGGCAUCCACUCGCAGAGGAGGGCGCAGGGGAGCUUCUACUUCACGACCGCCUCCCAGCAGCCCUAUGUGCAGCGGCGGCUGGGUGGUUGGCUGAGCGGCGUGGGGCGGCAGGUGGACUCCACCUCCGCCUCUGGCCAGAAGAAGAAUGGUCCAGGUCAGCUCAUGCUGCGCCUCUGGACGAGCGGUUGGCGGAGGGGCGCCAGUCGCACUCGGGAGCGGAGACGAGAGCGGAGCCGACAAAGAGAUCUGUGUCGGUGGCAGUAG